ACCAGAACGCAUGGAGAGAGACGGGAGAUUGGGAAGCUGGAGCAAAGCGACUCGAUCGUUCAUGGCGGUCCUCAAGUCAAUGGAAACGCAAGGAGCGCAAACUGCGCGAGACCCGCAUCAAUGGCUCGUCCCUCAAGACGAAGAGGAAGAAGGAGGUGUCAGCUGUUGAGAAGCUCGAGAAACCAUUGAAGCUCAUACCUUUUUUUCCGAGAAGCAACAGAAGAAGACAAGAAGAAGAAGAUAUAAAAGCUUGGAAACGAGAAGAGGCGAAAUGGAAGGAGCAGGGGACGCGACCCUCUUCCUGCAACUCCACAAGCUCUCGGCCGCCGCCGCCGCCGCCGCCGAAGCGAUCGAGACCGUGCUCAUCACCCUCUGGCUGACCCGGAAGACCGGCCUCGCCCCGCCGGACAAGUCCCACGUCCAGUCUCUCCUCGGCCUCGCUUCCACUUCCGAAGUCGACCCCGUCUCGGCGUGCCUCCGUUCCCUCAUCAGGAAAUGCGUGGGCGACGACUUCGGCGAGAGCGAUCUCUUGAGGCUGUUCCCGCCCGACUUGCCGGUCAGUCUGCGGGACCUUCUCGUGUCGGUGCUGCUGAAGCAUAAGAAUCAGUGGAGGGAGGACAUUUCUAGAGAACAGCAGUCAAUACCGCGUUCCAGCAAUUCCUGUCAGGUCAAAAUAAGCAUGCCACCUGCUCUCUCAACUUUCCCAUCUUCUGAAACUUCGGCAUUAUCUCAGCCUCACCAAGCUGAUCCAUGUUUCGACUUCAACUGCAGAGGCAGUGGCAGCAAUGCAACAAUCACUGCCGAGUCUAAUGUGUCACAGCUGACGCCCAUCUCUCUCCAACGUGAUGACGGUGCUUCUGAAAAUAUGGCAACUGUUCCUCAGUUUGUUGAAAUGAAUUGGAGGAUUGAGAAGCAAAAAGCAUCAGCGAAUAAGGUGGCUGCAGUCACCCUGAAGUUGCAAGACCACUCCAAGUCUCCUUUAAGAGAAAAGGAAGUGAAGUUUCAGCUUACGAGAGAAACGCUUGAAGCAAUGUUGAGAUCGAUGGCUUACAUCAAGGAACAACUCUCUAGUGUGGCUGGGAGUUCAGUAGAGCCGUUGCAGAAGAAGCAGAAGCAGUAAAAGCAUUAUGCCGUUCUUCUUAGGGUUCUUCUGCAUAGGAAUUUUUACAUUAGUGUAGACAACUACUUGGAAGGCACUCUGAUUUCAAAGUAGCUUCAUCCUUACAUGUAAUUUUGCUUUGUGUACAUUACUCGACAUGUCUUUGAGGCACUGGAAUCUAGAAAAAGAUGGGGUUUCCAUGAAACUAUGAGUUACGACCUUAUUUGGAUAUUCCGUUGGAUGCUAUUUCCAUGAUUUUCCAUUCUUGCAGGAGGAUUUGGUUGAAUGAAGAGGUAUUUUGUGCUGUUUCA